CUCUCUCUCUCUCUCUCAGAAUUUCUUUCCUCGCCUGCAAUCUCUCCGGGGCCUUUCUGGCAAAACUGCCUCAAGCCAUGGACUCUUCGCCAGCUCGGAGGAGCAACGAGAAAUUUGCGGGGCCGAAGCCCGCAGCGAGGAAGGGAGUUCGAGUCGUCUGCAAAAUCAGGCCAUUUACGGAAUCCGAGAAGCACUGCUCAGAUAAUCCUUCUAAAAUUACCAUUUCUAGAGGAAACAACCAUGCCUCCGUUAUAUUGCAUGAUCAAGCGAAAGGCAGUCGCAAAGAUACUUACAUACUGGAUGACUGCUAUGAACAAGAUGAGAGCAACAGUAAACUCUUUGCUCAUGAGGUGAAGCCUCUCCUUGAGGGCAUUCUUCAUGGUGAUAGUUGUUGUGUUAUUGCUUAUGGUGUUCAAGGAAGUGGGAAAACCCAAUUGAUUCAGGGAUCUGUGGAGACUCCCGGUCUUGCAAUGAUGGCAUUUUGUGAAAUCUUUUCUUCUAUUGAGGAAGUUGGUGGCUCUAUGACCAUAUCAUGUUAUGAAAUGUAUAAUGAUCAUAUAUAUGAUCUAUUGGAUUGUAAAGAGAAAGAGGUCCAGAUUAUGGAAGAUGCUGAAAAGGCAAUUCAACUGAAAGGACUUUCUAAGAUCCCUGUGAAAUCACUCUCAGAUUUUGAGAAAUAUUAUUUUCACAUAAGCAACCAACGAAAUCAUCCACAAAAGGUUGAAAAUGAUCCCAGAGUUAGAAGUCACAAAGGCUUGAUUAUGCAUGCUACAUCGGUUGACAAGGAAUCAAAAGUUUCUCUUGUUGGAAAGCUAAACUUCAUGGAAUUGGCAGGAUAUGAGGAAGUUCGAAAAAGGACUGAUGGACAAGCUCCUUUAUAUGAAUGCAUUAAAAUUAAUAAGUCACUCUAUGCAUUGCAUAAUGUUGUGAGUGCGCUAAAUCGUGAUGAAACAUACAUUCCCUAUCGAGAAACAAAAUUAACUAGAUUGUUGCAAGAUUUUUCAUGUCGCGUGAACAAUGCAGUGCUGAUAACAUGUUUGAGUCCCAAUUUAUGCCCACAAACUUUUCCUGUGAUUAGCUUGGCUUCCAGGUCAUGCCAAUUUGUCAAUAGACAAAAGCACGACCUUGCAAUGACCAGUAAAGAAUGUAGAAGAUAUUUUCCGACAAGUUCUUCUGUUGGUGGAAUCCAUCCAUUUGAUAAAACAAUAAUAAAUGGGGGAAUUUAUCAAGUGGGAUCAAGCAGAAAGAAGAUAAAAAAAAGCAUAUCCACAAGUAAUGGAAGAUUCAAAGGCCAUGGUAAUAGAAUAAAGAAACCCACUCCACCCCCAUGUUGGUCAAAGGAAAGAAAGUUGUUUAAUGUUGCUAGUCCCCUUGGAAAAACUCAGAAACUGGCAAAUCUUUGCAAAAAAGAGGAUGUUUCCAUUCCAGAUGAUCAUAUUGAACAAAGUGUUGAUAGUCCUCUUGCAAUCGACAUUAAGGAAUCUCAUAGCCUGGAAGGUAGUUCUAUGGAAAAUGAACAGCAGAAGUCAUGCUUUGAAAAUGUUAAACUUUUACCAACCUUAACUGAACAGCUAAGAACUCUGAGCUCUCAACCCAUAAACAUGUGCGAAUCAAAAACAGGUAGUUCAUGUAACAUGCAAUUUACAGUGGAUAGUGUGGAGCCUAAAACUCCAAGAUUUUCAUUAAGUUCAAAGAUCAACUGUAAUUCAAAAUUUGAGAGUUUUGCAACCCCGCAAGAGAAGUUUAAAACAAGAAGUACUAGACUGAAGAAAUCGCUGGUUGAUGAAUACUUGGUUUUCUUAAACAGUGCUAGCAAGGAGGAGCUCAAGCAAUUGAAGGGAAUUGGGGAGAAGAGAGCAACAUAUAUACUUGAACUUCGUGAAGAGACUCCUGAACCUUUCAAGGAAAUUGAUGAUCUUAAAGGAUUGGGUCUUUCUUCGAAGCAGAUCAAAGGCAUGAUGUCAAAAAUACUUGCAGAUAUCUAGCGAAACUUUGUUUUAUGCACUACCAUCUUUUAAUGAGGUAGUAAGACUUGAAGAGGCAGAGAUCAUUGUAUCUUCAUCAACCUGAUUCUGCAUAAACGAGAUGAUCCACAUGUUUAAAGCCAGUGAAAACCAGCUAAAGCUGAGGGGAAAGGUCUCAUGUACGGCAAAUUAUUAGGUGUGGCACCAGACAUAGAGAAUCAUUUGGAAUUCUUCUGUCUACAAUAAAAUCGCAGUUACUGUAGCAGCAAUGCUUUGACUGUGCUUUUACUGUAGAUAAAAAGAAAUUCAGAUGAUUCUCUCCGUCUGAUGUCUGCACCUAAUAAUUUCUUCUUAUGUACAUUCUACAGUCGCAUGAAUGGCAAGAGCUGGUUCUCGGAUUUUUCAUCAUGUAACUACAUCUCAGCACAGAAUGUAUCAAAUUUCUAUAUUUUGUGCAGGAUUUGCUCAAGUUCUAGCUUUUCUGUGCAUGAAUUUGAAGUAAGUUUUGUAAAAAUUAUAAGAGUGUGUUUUGCUUUCCUCCUGAAGUGGAAUGUAUGAAAUCAGCCUGUCAUAGUUUCAUGUAAUAAAACUAUUGUGGUGUUU